CCAUCGUCUUCGUCGUCCCUUUUCUUCACUAACACCAUCCCUUCCCUCUCUCUUCUUUCUUUCUUUCUUUCGUUACUUUUUUAUUUCUUCAUUGCAUUCCUUGUUGUUGUUGGUUUUUUUUUUCCAUUCCUCAUUCCACCUGUUGUCUUCACCUUCGCCUUCGUCCUUCUUCAAACUCUAUCUAAACUCUCUACACUCUCUCUCAGCACAGGGGCUAACCCAAAAAGAAAUCACGCUUCCAUUUCACGCCUCCAACCCCCAGCUACACCUGCCCAGCUACACCUUCCUUCCAAUUGAUAGACAGAAACGAUAGCACCAAUGGCCACUCUAUCACACUCAUGCAAUACAUCACAAGUCGCUGAAGCACUCUUGAGCCGUGCCCGGCGACUCUCCAAUAACGCCUUCGAACGCACUCGACCCUCCCCUAUGGCCUUGGCCGAGGGCCACAAUCAUCUUCAUCUUACAUCCUCCACCUUCUGCUCCAGGCCAGGUUCCUUCAGUCACAUCCAGACGCGCCGUCGCUCUGCCACAAGUACAUCCUCUCGCUCAUCUUCUUCUUUCUUGACAUCAGCGUCCUUGUCCACUCCAACUACAGUAACUACAACUACACCCACAACAGAAUUCGUCAUUACUGCAGAAUACCUUUCCGAGGAGGAGGAGGAGGAGGAGGAGGAAAAGGAGCAACAAUCGUUGAAUGUCUCCUUAGCAACAAUGGUCCAAAGCCCCAUGGAGGAAAAAGAACAGUAUAAUUCUGGAGCUUCCGAGCACAAGCAUCCCUCCAUCCACAGCGACGGCAGCAACAAAAGCACAUUCUUCGACUCAUCACGCGCACAUACCCUUACCUGUGCGACCAUCGCGGCGCUGCGUCAAGGUACAUCUUUAUCAUCGAAGGGCAGCAGCGGCACGCGUCCGAGAGCCCUGACCUUGGGCAAUUGUGUUCCAGAUACUGCAGCAAGUACGGCUGCGGCUGUCGAUCUCUCGGUAUAUCGCAAGUAUCUGAGCGAGAAUAUGAGCAGCAAGAGCCAUGUUUAUGGCGUCUUAGCGGCGAUUCGACAGACUCUUGAAGUAGAGUCGCCCUUGAAUCUGAAGGAUACGGUCGAUCCGGCUACAUCUGCAAUCUCCCCGAUGAUGGCAACUGAGAUGACAAUGACAGCCGGUGCGGCUCUCGAUGCUGGACAGGCGCUACCAUCACGGAGCAGCUCAUCUACUUCUGACGUAUCUGAGGUGGCGACAGAAUCAGAUGAGGUGAAGAAGGUUGAUAGACCUUCUGGACUCUCUACUACUAAAGAGAGCACCCUGCCGUCGCCGUCUACGUCAUCGCCACAUGUGGUUCCUGAAACAACAACGAAGCUGGAAGCUGAAAUGUCUGCGCCUACUCUGGCGCCGUCGUCAUCCUCUGCCCAGAAGGAGUCCAGUAACAAAGAGAGUAGGGGCACAUACUUCCUACAGAAGAUGUGGAUGCGUAGGAGUAGCGUCAAUGGAAGCGCUUCAAUGGUGGGGGCCAAGGAUUCUUCGGAUACGAGUAGCAUCGCGUCGCAUACAAGCCAUCAUUCUACAAAGUCGAGCUUAAGCAUGGGAUCGAAGAGAUCGUCCAGGCUAUUGGGGAAGUUUAUGCCAAAGUUCUUGCAGACGUCGCAGCAGGUCCUGUCGCAGUCGUCGACGCAGAGCAUGGUGUCGCUUUCGCAGUCUUCAACGUUGUCACCACUGUCGGGUCAGUCGAGCCGUCGAAGCAGUGUGGUAGUGGCGCAGGCACAGGAAGGAAUGGUGUCCACAAAAGCUGUGGCGACGGUGACUAUGCCCGGCUCCACCUCCGCGUCAAGCAAGGGGUCCCAGGAAUCGUUGCCGCUGGAGAUUAUGCUUGAGAAAGAAGAGGAAGCUUGCGAGCCCAAAUCCAUGUCGCCGACUGCGCCGGAGCGUUUGGAAUACCUUCGUUCGGAAACGCUGUCAUUUGGAAGAAGAUCGUCGUGUUCUUCGGAGAGCUCAAAGAUGUCAGAUAUGUCGUUCGCAUCGAAACCCUCGGGAUGUUCGAUGAGUUCGGUGGAUGAUCUCGCAGAGAUCAAGCAGGGAGGCGGUGGGUAUGUGUUUAGUGUUGAAUGCGAGGAUGUCGAGGUUGAGGAGGAUGACGAUAGCGAGGACGCCUUGAGCAGUAAGAACUCUGCCAACAACACAUCGAGGAACCGACCGAUGUCGCCAUACGUCAUUGACGAGGACAGUGAUGAUGAGUUUUUCUUGAAUUCUGUGCUCCGUAAACGGCCAUCGAUGCCGUUGUCGCUUCCGUCGAAUGCGAAGAUGAGCAGCAGUGUCAGCAUGCGUUCUGGUGCAAUGACACCGCCGUCGCUUUUGAGACCUGGAUCGACUUGGUCGAAUCCGUCGUCGAGGAGCUCAACACCUUCGCCUAUGUCGCCGAACAGUGAUCAGGCGGGCAGGCCGUUUAUGAGGCAUGCAGCAAUGACAAUGCAUAUGCGGUACAGGUCGAGCCCCCUGCCGGAGCUGGCGAAUGCAGGCGUGGAUGAGAAGCGGCGACGGCUAAGGGAUGCAGUUUGCGAAUGGCGGCGCGCUGCCAGCGUCUCUUCAUGAAUAGAGAUUUCUAUAUCCUUCAGAUAAUUGUAACAUACAUUAAAAAAACCUCCCCCUCUCCUCAUCUUGGUC